CCUUCAGUAAAGCGUCGGCGGCCAUCAUGUUUGACCUGAGGUUGCUGUGGAUGCUUCUCCUGGAAAUUCUGCACUCUACCGAAGCCGCCAUUUUGGACUGUCCGCCAGGAAUUCCCGAGAAAACACCUGUGCCAAACUGCAACUAUUAUUGUGGCAAGAACGAAGAUGAUGUCUGGAGGAUGGGAUAUUACGUUAACGGUACUGCGUGUGAGUACCCAUAUGAGGACAGUAUAGGAAUUUGCGCCGUGGUAGGAGGACACCACGGAUGUUAUUGGCACAAAGACGCUGAUGUCAAAAACUUCCUUAAGGGAAGUACUAAAGCACCGAAAACCACGAAGAAACCUAGGAAGAAAAAACCUAAAAAAGUCACCACGACUACCAAACGUGCAAAGCGAAAGAAACCGAAGAAACCAAAAAAGGGUUCAAAGAAGACUAAACAGAAAAAGAAAACAAAGGAGCCCAAGCUUCCUGAUCAACCGAAAUGGUAGGUAGUUAGAUGUGGACUAAUAAAUAUCGAAGAAACCUGA